GUGUAUUUAGGUUUAACACCUAUUUAAUCCAAUCUAGGCUUCACAUUUGUGAACUCACUACAUGAAUUUCAAUUGUUUAUUCACUAAAUAUCCGUAAGUAUUUUAUUCGUUUCAGUCGUCACCCUAAGACUGCUUAUUAAAUACUAUCUUCACUUUCUUGUUUCAAUUCAAGAAAAAUAAAAAAGAAUAAAGAAAAGAAGAUUUGAUCAAUGGAAUUCAAGAAGUGUUGUUUCAUUGUCUUUGUCAUCCUCAUCAUUAUCGCCGCCGCCGUAUCUUCUGCCCCUUCACUCGGCUACCGGAUUGGCUCCGGCACGGCGGUUCUUGAAGACCAAAUGAUUCCAUUUGGCGGUGGUGAACCCAGAACCGAUCAGUUGGCCGGCGGCGGCGAAUGGGUGCUUCUACAAGACAGCGUCGGCGUCUCAGCCAUGCACAUGCAGCUCAUGCCGGACAACAAGGUGGUGAUAUUUGACCGGACGGACUUCGGAGCGUCGAACCUCUCCCUCCCCCCGGGAAAGUGCCGGUACAACGACGAAGUGCUUUCAGAAGACUGUACGGCCCAUUCCCUUCUUUAUGACAUUACUACAAACACCUUCCGCCCACUCAUGGUCCGGACCGACGUCUGGUGUUCCUCCGGCGGCCUCAACGCCAACGGGACGCUCAUCCAGACCGGCGGCUACCACAGAGGGGGGCAGAAAAUACGAACUUUCACUUCUUGCGGCGGCGGCGGCUGUGAUUGGGUCGAGCUCGAGCAGAAUCUCACGAUUCAGAGAUGGUACGCCACCGACCAUAUUCUUCCUGACGGCCGAAUCAUCAUUGUCGGCGGCCGGCGAGCUUAUAGCUAUGAAUUCUUUCCCAAGGUCAAUGACAGAUUCAAUGGAGUAUAUCAACUCCCGUUCUUGGUGGAAACAACCGACGACCCGAAAGAAGAAAACAAUCUUUACCCGUUUCUGUAUCUUUUACCGGACGGCAAUUUGUAUAUUUUCGCCAAUCAGCGUUCUAUAGUUCUUGAUUAUCACAAAGACAGGGUCAUUAAGGAGUUUCCGCCAAUUCCAGGCGACAAAAGGUCGUAUCCGGCGACCGGUUCGUCGGUGAUGCUGCCAAUGCAUUUAACGGGGUACCCGCCUGUUCUAUUUCCGGCGGUGGAGAUUUUGGUCUGCGGCGGCAACCAAGGUGGCGCGUUUCGUAAGGCAGAGAAGCAUGUAUACGAACCCGCAUCGCGCACGUGCGGGCGCAUGAGGAUAACCGACCCGAACCCCAUUUGGGCCAUGGAGUACAUGCCAAUGGGUCGGGUCAUGUCGGAUAUGUUGAUUCUGCCCGUCGGUGACGUGAUCAUUCUCAACGGCGGGUCGAAGGGGACUGCCGGGUGGGAGGAUGGGGAAGACCCGGUUUAUAACCCGGUCAUUUACAAACCCAACGAGCCUGACCCGAGUAUGCGAUUCUCUGUUCUCGCCCCCACCACAAUACCGAGGAUGUACCACUCAUCUGCUAUCCUGCUGCCAGAUGGCAGAAUAUUAGUGGGUGGAAGUAAUCCACACGCAAGGUACAACUUCACAACGCCAAGGUACCCUACGCAGCUGAGCUUAGAAGCCUUCACCCCACCGUAUCUGUCCCCACGCUACUCGUAUCUCCGCCCUUCGAUCCUUUCGGUUGAGUCAGCAAGUGGCGGGAACGCCAUAUCGUACGGUGAGAGAUUCUCCAUCACAUUCACGCUGGCGGGGAUGAUUGACGGUCGCGAUGGAGGGCUCACCGUAAGCAUGAUUGCACCCUCAUUCACCACACACUCUUUCGCCAUGAACCAGCGCAUGUUAGUCUUGGAUAUUUCUGCAAUAGACCGGCUCUCCCCGCUGGCGUACAGGGUUACGGUGUACGCGCCUCCAACGCGUAACAUUGCACCCCCGGGGUAUUAUAUGGUGUUUGUGGUGUACCGGAGCACCCCUGGACACAGUAUCUGGAUCAGGAUGGUUUGACUGCUGGUCAACUUCUUACCUCUGCAUGCAUUGAAUUGUUGCUAGCUAGAUAUUCAAAGUAUUCUAAAUACAUGUACUGAUGCAUUUUGAUUGUUAUAGAAAAAGUACAUUUUGUCACAGAUGUAAUUGCAUAUGUAAAAAAGAAGAUUGAUUUAAAUAAGUUAUUUGUUAUAUAUGAAUGAAGUUUAAGAGUUUUUAAAG